AUGUAUAUAUUUCUUAUACAUGCAGUUGUGACCACGCCUAGAACAGUGUUCAAAGAAGACUCCACUCACAACCCAAGUCCUGCUUCAGAGAAAUGUCACAGCUCAGACACAGACAGUGCUAAAAGCCCCGAAUCCCUUUCUGAAGACGAUGCAGCAUCAAGGCCACGUACUAAAUUCACCAAAGAGCAGCUGCAGGAGUUGGAGAAGAGCUUUAAGGAACAAAGAUACAUAGGAUCCAAUGAGAAGAAGAGACUUUCCAGAGUACUGAAGUUAUCAGAGACCCAGAUUAAAACAUGGUUUCAAAACCGGAGGAUGAAGUUCAAGCGUCAAAGUCAAGAUGCACGAGUAGAAGCUUUCUUUUCUGGAUUCUACAUGCCAUACUAUGGCUACAAAGACUUCCAGACCCCAGCCUACCCUGUACGCCCUGGACUGGCCAUGCCCCUUGCCCCUCCAGCACCCAUUCACUCCUUUGCACCUCUUUCUGCUACAAUUAUUAGGCCAGGAAAUCCUCCAUCAUCCAUGACACCUGCUAACCUUGGCUCUUACCCACGUCCUUCAGUACUUGUGCAUCCAUCACUUAGUGAGUCGGUGGGGCUAAGAUUCUCUCCAUAUUAA